AUGCCACGGUCGGGGGCGGGUGAAAAGGCGGCGGCUGCGGGGCUUUGUGGUUGAGCGGAGCGGAGAGAAGCUGGGUCUGGAUUGCGGCGGCGGGUGUCCGCCGUCCGCGCCCUGCAGGAUGCCCAGCUCGGGCUCCCGGAGCGCAGCCAGCUAGCAGAAGGGCUUGUUGCCUAAAGGAAUUGGUGUGGGAGUGAGCAGAAAGCUGCCUGAGUGGAUAUGGGGGAUCCCUGAGGAGGAUGUUAUUACAGCAGCAGCUUCUCCAGGUGAGCAACAGGGAGAAGAUUGUCAUGGGAUUAUUUAAACACCUAAGCAGCAGAGCAGGAUGGCUCCCAGAGAGGAUGAAUGAGGCUGCAGCUGAAGGUCAGCCAGGGCCCGCCCCCAGCAGCAGGUGGCAGGAGUGAUUGGUACCGUGUUGUGGAUGGAGCAGGCAAGCAAGUAUAUGCACCAGACCUACAGCUGUUCCUAGGCCUGGUUACAGAUGUGGAGCUCAAGAGCUCGGCUGUCUCCUUGGCAACAGAAGGUAGGGGGCUCUCUCGGAGGAGAGCAGAUGCGGAUGGGAAGCAGCAGCAAGCCAGGUUUGGGUGAUAUGCUGCGGGAUCACAGAUCUCCAGUCCCCUGCAUGGAGUUACCCUAAGAUGCAGUGAACUUUUCUUCCCCCUCCUGGAUGGAGUUUCAGAGCGAGGGGUUGGCUUAGCAGGCCACUUCCCCAGAACAUCAGGCCAGAUCUUGGGCCUAGGGGCACAAAAACCCUGUCCCUUGUUUUUUCUGGCAAGCAAAGAUUGUGAUGGCCCUUCAGGGAAAGAGGAGAUGAUGAGCCCCAUCAGGGUCCAAGCCCAGGACAAUCCUUUUUCUCACAAGAGAUGAGCACUUCAGUUGCUUUUCAGUGAAAGAUCUGGGGUCUCCGAAGGCAGCUUCUGCGGAAGGAGGACUGGCUGCUGGAUCCCUGCAAUUGUGUAGCCCCAGCAGCAUAUGCUCUCCCCUUGGACAAUAGAAGAGUCCCUGUGGCCCAGCAAGUCCUCUGUGGGGCUCCAGGGAGCUGUGAAGGCAUGUGCAGUGACUGAAGAGUCCCCAGGGCACUAGAUUUGUUGCUGAGCCAGUCUUCAUUGCAGUUCCCUCCUGCUUUGUGCGUUCCCCCUGUGUUCUAUGCCCUUUGUCUGCUGCAACAGAGAAGGUGGGCAGUGAACCAUUGGCACAGGCUGGCCAAGAGGCCAGCAGGCAACGCAGUGGCUGCAGUGACCUCUCCUCUGGCCCAGCAGGGUGGCCUCUUCCCCUCAACCCCACCCACCAUGAAGUGCUCCCUGCGGUUCUGGUUCCUGUCUACUGCUUCCCUGCUUGUCUUCGUCAUGUCUCUUCUCUUCACCUACUCGCACCACAGCAUCACCUACCUGGACCCCAGCAGCCUCAAUGGCAUCCACCGGGUCAAGCUGGUGCCUGGCUAUGCUGGUAUGCAGCGUGUCGGCAAGGGUGGGCUCUUCAUGAAGAGCUGUGCUUGCCAGCAGUGCAUGGAGGAUGCCAGGGCCUCAGACUGGUUCAACAGCCACUAUGACAGUAACAUCUCCCCAGUGUGGACGAAGGAGAACAUGGACCUCCCGUUGGAUGUCCAAAGAUGGUGGAUGAUGCUGCAGCCCCAGUUCAAGUCCCAUAACACUAAUGAGGUCCUGAGCAAGCUCUUCCAGAUUGUGCCUGGUGAGAACCCAUACAGCUACCGGGACCCCCAGAAGUGUCGGCGCUGUGCUGUUGUGGGCAAUUCGGGCAACCUGCGCGGCUCUGGUUACGGGCGAGAGAUUGAUGGGCAUGACUUCAUCAUGAGAAUGAACCAGGCCCCAACGGUAGGUUUUGAAGCAGAUGUCGGGAGCAGGACCACCCACCACUUCAUGUACCCAGAGAGUGCCAAGAAUCUGCCUGCUAAUGUGAGCUUUGUGCUAGUGCCCUUCAAAACCUUGGACUUGCUGUGGAUUGCUAGUGCCCUGUCAACUGGACAGAUCAGAUUCACAUACGCGCCUGUGAAGCCUUUCCUUCGGGUGGACAAAGAAAAGGUGCAGAUCUACAAUCCGGCUUUCUUCAAAUACAUCCAUGACCGAUGGACAGAGCACCAUGGUCGAUACCCAUCCACAGGGAUGCUAGUGCUGUUUUUUGCGCUUCAUGUUUGCGAUGAGGUGAAUGUCUUUGGAUUUGGUGCAGACAGCCGAGGCGACUGGCACCACUACUGGGAGAACAAUCGUUAUGCUGGAGAGUUCCGGAAAACCAGGGUGCAUGAUGCUGACUUUGAAGCUCACAUCAUUGACAUGCUGGCAAAGACCAGCAAGAUUGAGGUUUAUCGUGGCAACUGAUGUGCCAGAAGACUCUGUGCUUCAGCUGUUAUUUCAGAAUCAGGUUUCAAGAAAUGGGAUGACUGUCAUGGCCUCCUGCCCUAGGGAUGGGUGGGCAAAUCUUGCUGUGACAGAUCCCAGAUCAAUCAAGAUGAGCUAUUGGGUUCAGUCUGUGGUCCCUCAUGACCACUUGUGAUGGUUUGGCUAAACAGGAUACUUAGUUCCUUCAACCAAUCAGGUUCAGAGAGAAAAGGAAACUCUUGUUUUUAAGGAAAAAAAAACAAAAAAACAUCCUGUGUGGGAUAAAAAGGAUUCACAAGCAAAAAUCUGUUGCGGAUUUAAGUCGUAUGCUUCUGACCCAAUCUCCUCACGGUCAGACCAAAUGCUGCUCUUUUUAAAAAUAAUCAUGUCAGAAGAAAGCCCAAACAAUCACAUUCCCAGGCCCAGGGAGAAGCCGCAUGUUUGGACCAUUCUCCUGUGCGACGGCAGUCUUCUGGGAGCUUCAGCACUGACUAGCCCUAUAGAACGGGGUGGGAUUUUUGCCCAAUCUCCCACAUUCUAAGCUCUAACUAGAACAGUUUGGAACAAGCUUGGGAGCAUCUGGGCAAUUUUUCUUCCCUCCUUUCCCUUUGAUAAUGGCAAUCGUUCUCCUGGAGGAGGUUUCCUGCAUUGUUAUUAUAAUUAUCGUUAUUAGUAUUAUUUUUUUGUACAAUCAGGUUCAAAAUGCUGAAUAGACUGUUGGUUAUUGUGGGUGGACACAAUCAUUUUGACUCAAAAGGUCUAACUUGGCAAAGGAAGGGGUGGGGAAAGGGCUCAGUUUUUGGGUGGACACUGUACCCAAACUGUUAGGUAUGAGCCUGCUGAUGAGACUUCUCACCAAGUUGAAGAUUUUAGAGCUUGAUGAAAUAUUCAGAGGAAGGCCCCUGUUGCAGCAGUGAGGCAGGAUCAGGCUGCUCGGGGAACUGGGUUGGGUGUAGACUGGAAGUCUGAAAUUGGCCAGUGUUUACAGCUACCUAGGAGCUAUUCCUAGGGGAUAGGAGGAAAGGAAAGGAAGAGAAAUCUCAGAUGAAGCCUGGUGUCCUUCUUUCCUUUCAUCCUUGUUCUAGGAUUAACUAGUUGUGUGGUGGACUGAGGAGGAAACCAUGCCAAAGGCAGCUAAGGAAUCUGGAGAACCUGUGGCCUAGACACCUUGUCCCCCAUUCUACUAAUUUCCAGCUGAGCUUUAGAGUGGGUAGGGAGAAUUCCCUUCAUACACCAGUUACCUCUUCCUAAUCUUAAUCCACAAGGCAUCUUUUUUUAAACUCUUUUCCUCCACCAGCAUCCCCUGGCACCUCCUCCACUUGAAAGCCCAGUGUGUCUCCCAGAAGAGAAUGUCUUCACAACAAGGGGUCCAAGUGAAAAUAUACUGGUUUCUUGCAAGGUUGUGAUAAAAGUGGAGAUGGUGGCAGCCCAUUGCCUGUGGUUGGUUAAGGUGCUACUUUGCUGUGUUCACUGUAAAUAGCAAGGCUUACCAUCACAAAAUCACUAAUAUCUAAGCUGUAUUGCAGCCUGGCAAGCUCCAUCUAUAGGAAAGGGACUGUCCCAAUGAGCUAAUCUAGUUACAGCUGGUUAUAAACAGAGGCUCUUCUCUCUUCAGAUGGCUGCUUCUCAAUAGUGUUGCUUAUUGGCCCCUGCAGGGACAGUCAUAACAGCUAGCAAGCAUUGUCUGGUGGGCUUGCAAAGAAAGGUGCUGGGGAAGGGGCGGUUUGGGGGAGAAUGUUCCAGGGAAAUCCCCAUCAGUCACUGUACGAACUGUACGAGGCAGCAUGCACUGUCAGCCAGAACAGUCUCGGCUGCAGUGGUGGUAUGUGGGGAAAAAUAUUAGAUUUAAUUUUGAAUUUGGGAUGAAGGAACAAUUCAAAAUAAUCUCGAAUGAAGUGAAAUACGGCUGUUGGUUUUCAAGUACAUCUCCCAGCCAAAAGCCUGAAGUCCUCCCUCCAUUUAUAUUCAUGAGAGAACUGCAGGGUUUGGCUCAUGAAUAUAUGUGUAUUUGGUCAAGGCAUGGAGUUAAAGGAUAGUGGGAAAGGCUUCUGUGUAAUAACCACUGAAAGGAGUACCUGAUGUAUACUGGUUUUACUGGCUGUCUUUGACAAACCAGAAGCUCUUUGUAGACCUUUGACUCUUUGCAAACCCUGAAGGAUGUCAUGCCUUUCCCCUGUAUCCUUUUUUUGCUCGAAUUGGGUCCUACUGCUGGAAUAGAGCUCAGCCUGAGUCAUCCGAGCCAAGUCCAUGCAUGGCUUUGGGAACCAUUGUUUCUUUUGCCUGUGUUUGGCCUUAAGUGUGCAGGUAUUCAGGUGAGAGCAGCUCCCCUAAAGGCAGGAUGCGAGUAGAGAAAUUGGAGGUGGCUUCCCUGUGAGCUAGGCUAUGUUCCAUUAGGGAAUAAAGCCCAGAGCUAGACACUGUGUGUGUGUGUGUGUGUGUGUGUGUGUGUGUGUGUGUGUGUGUGUGUGUGUGUGUACAGGGAUGUAUGAGUUUGGGAGAUCAAAGGAGAAUGACUGCCUCUUAGCCAGUUGGUGCUGGAAGGACUGAAAGCGUACAAUCAUGCCAAACAGUAUUAAAUGGAAUAACUUAUUCCUGCUUGUAUCUUAGGACAUGUCUGUGCUAGUGGCUGUAAAGAAGAAGGAUCCUAGUCUGACAUACCCAUGGUGACCAAAGCCCCUAGUGUAGAAGCUGUUAUAGUGGCAAAACUGAACUUUCACCGAGGCAGCUCAUUUCACAUGUGGUUGAUCGUUUAUUUAACUUAGUACAAAGGUCAGUUUUGCCAGGUUAGCUGUAUCCACACUUGGGAGUGCAGCAUGGUAUUGUAUACCAGCAUUGCUGCAGUAGUGAAGGGCUCAUGGAGUAGACAGCCAUAGCUGAAAUGUGUGAUAUUGGGAGAAAAGGGGCCCAGUAGUGGCUCAGAUCUCCUUGUUGCAAUAGCUAUUUAAACAUUGAUAGUGGGGUUUUUUCCUUUUGUAUCUGUGACUCCUGUAUAGCAGUCACUCCUAGGUUUGUUUUUGUUUUGACUUUUUCUUUCUGCAGUGGUGAAACUCAAGUCUUAGGACCUGCUACAGCAGCCAAGUGAUGGCUCCUGUUGUUGGGUCUGCAGGGCUCUAAAUAAGUAGGUUGGAUGAAGGUCUGAGACCUUGAAUCUAAAAGUUCUGCUUGUGAUAUCAUGCAGUCACACUACUUGCUUGCCAAGCAGCCACUUUGGAUAGUCCAGGCAAAACAGAGCAACUCCUCCAUUGUAGUGCCCCACCGGGGCUUGUAAAGAUAACUUGGAAACCAAAAAUCAGCAGGUCAUUCUAUGAAUUGCAUGCUGGAGUUUUGACAGGACAGUGAAACCUGAAUUCUUUCCUCACCCCUUUCUUCCUGGGAGACAGAGGAAGGAGGAGGGAUUUAUUUCAAGCCCUGGUUUCAACCCUGUUUUUAGAAGAAAUAAAAAAUUUUAAAACUUAGCAACAAAGAGUGCCUUGAAUCAUCUACCGCCUGUUAAACUGGAUGCCACUCGCUCCCCACACUGUCUGCGAGCACAGUUUGUUAAUGUUGCCUGCUUUCACCGGUGGUCUCAGCUGCUUCCUUCAUUACUUCCAUGCUUCUGUGUUUAUGACAAAUUGGAGCUUGAUGCUGGGGUUAGCUGAAAAAUGGUUAUUAUAAUGGGGAAGGCAGAGAGGUUGCCAGCUGCUUCCUUUCAUGGAGAUGCUGCUGACAUUCCAACCUCUUCCUGCUCUCAGUGGUGGGCAAUGUCAAGUAAGGAGAGAGAGCUGCAUUUGUUUAAAAUCUCCAGUUGCUGGUUUUGGUAAAAGUGGUCUGGCUCCUGUCAAGUGGAAGAAGGAGGUACUGGGUUGACAACUGAGGAGUGACAGGAGCUGUCCUACCAAACAGGAUCUGGCUUCUGGUGCUCUGACUUCCUGCAGAGCAUGCUCCGGGCAAAAUUCUGCUUUGCUGCUAAGAUGUCUCAGGGGCAUGGAGGCAGCCUUCUUAAAGUGACUGAUUCAUGAAAUGGCAUCUUUGCCCUGUGUAAUAGCCUGGAUCCCACUAAGAUGUCAGUUUUGUGUCCAGGAGAAACCAACAAACAUGAUUUGCAACCUAAAAAACAUGACUUACAAGGAAAAGAUGGAAGUACUGAGAUGAUUUAGUCUGGAGAAGAGAAGACCAAGGAGGGAUCUGAAGACUCUUCAAAUAUAUAAAGGGUGGUUAUAAAGAGGAUGGUGCUAGAUGGUUCUCUGUCCACAGCGGGCAGGCCAAGAUUGAAUGUUCUUAAAUAGCAACGGCAUGUUUUAGGUUAGAUAUAAGGAAGAAUUUUUUAACUCUGAGGGUGUUCAAGUGAUGUGACAGAUUACCUGGAGAGACUUUGGAAACUCCAUCAUUGGAACUUUUUAAACUGCAGGUUAGGCAAACCUUUAUCUGGGACAGUUUAAAUGGAAGUGAUCUUGCCUUGAGCAGGGGGUUGGACUCGCUGACCUCCAUCCUUCCAGCCCCGUUUCCCUACAAUUCUGCGUUUUGCUCUGCACAACUAAAUCUAUUCUAUGGUAGGGGCCUGGAAGCAAUUGAGCAUGACCAGGGAGUUUGUAAUGCCAGUAAUGCUCCUUUCCAAGACAGUUUCACCAAGAUGCACAUAAAUACGGUGCAGAAUCCUGAGGCUGUAGAUGCCCAAACAUUCUCACUGGGGACUGGUUUUGGAGUUCAUGGUGAUGAUGGUACCUGCCACAACUGCCCUAUACCUUAGUGUUUAGAGCACUCUGAUGGGCACGAACCGGAGAUGAGGAAAUUUUGGAUCUUAAGUCUCCCAUGUCAUGGGCAAACUUCCUAAACUAGGGUAUAUGAGAAGUCUUUAUACUGAGGUCAGUGCAGUUGUCAGCAGGCAGGUCUCCCUGCUCGGGUCACAAGUGCUGCUAAGAUGGCUAUGUCUUAUGCCAGGGGCUUUCAAUGCGGGGGUGGUACUUGAGAUGGCCUCAAGGGGUAAUUGGCAGCCAGUGGCACUUCUUCUGCUGGUACUUUUGCCGCCACACGGUUGUUGAUCAGCUGCAGGGGACGCCCCCCCAACUGACUGGCUGCUGGGGGAACCCCACCCCCCGGCUCAUCUGGCUGCAGGGGGACUCCUGCCUUCUUAACUGGCCACUGGGGGUACACUGACCCAAAAAGGUUGAAAACCCUGGUCUUAUGUAGUCAACAUAAAGGAGAAUCCCACCAAAUAUUAAUGAGAUGGAUGGAGAGCUGAGCAUCUCCUGGCCAAUGGAAGGUCCAGCUCUGGAAAUCUUUAAGUGCUUCCUAGUGAAGGGCAUGGCAGAGCUAUGCAGUUCUGCAGGGCAAAGUAGAAUGCUCCUCUGGAAGCCCCGAGGUCCCCAGUGAGACUUCAGGAGAACUGCACAUAUACACUGGGGAAGUAGAAGACCCCUGAUCAGGACUUGGCUGGUAGCUGUUUCAGACAUCUAGUGGGCCAAGUAGAAUUGUGCCCUCCCUCUCCACUGCUUGGUGCGUGCUCCCCAGCCAGAGCAGGUUGUCAAAACUUUCCUUUUUCAGCUAGUUCCUCUCUCUUCUUGCAAACAGUCUCUAGUGCAUUGUGUCACAAGGAUUUGCUAACACUUGUCUCCUUGGCAGACUGGCCAAUGGAUGCCUGCUUUAGCAUGCUGUGAGCAAGCCCCAUGGAAACAGGACUGUGGGGUGCAGUGUCUUACAAGUACCACUGUACUGACCAUGGAGGAAGCAGGAGACAAAGGCAGAGGCAGUGGGCAAGGUGUGCUAUCUCCUUCCAUCAGGUACCACAGACAAAUUUGGCUUGGAGUUGGUGGGGUCUGCCCCAGUUCAUUAUUGGCAUUCUCCACCCCAACACAACCUUUCAUAAGUAGAGUCCAUGCUUGCAUAGCUGGAUCAGUCUGGCUCAAGGCAGCCCCAGUGUCCUGGGAGCUACUGGGCCUAUUGCCCCAGUUGUUGCUGCAGUCUGGUUGGUCUGUGGUGGUUCUGUCCCAAUGAACUUUGGAAGAAAAGGAUGGUUCCAGUUCUGCAAAGAUGACUCCGGUCUCUCCUUAACUGCAUGGAGGUGAGCAGGCCCAUGCAGUGCAGUAGGAUCCUUCAUGAGCAUCUCUGUUGAAUUGGAACCCAGCUUGUCACGAGCUGCUGAAGCAGAGAGUUUCUUAGUGGUGCUUCCAUAAGUCCUUGGGAUCCUACUGAACUUAUGGUCAUUUACCAAAUGCCUUGGAAGGGACUCCUGGCCCAGCUUUUGUCUGCUGGUCUAACAUCUGUGUGCCAGCCUUUCCCAUUGCCUCUGUGCUUUGCUACUUCUGUACACAAUGGCUGUCUUAAUCCAAUUUUACGUUGGCUAAUUUAAACAUGCAUCAGAGAUGUUCUGUUACUUCCUUUUGUUGUAAGGUCCCUGCUGGUGCUAUGCCUUCUUCCCCCCUCCUCCUCCCUACUCUUCGGUUAUUACGUGCACUUUUAUUGUAUUUGGGUUUCUGGGUUUUAGUUUGUCUUGGUUUUUUUCCUUUCACAGGUUACAAUGGACAAAUGGGGUUUAUUUUAUGUUUUACUAUACACAAUAAAAUCUAUCAUUGUUCCUUC